CUUCUAGAAAUUUGCUGCGCGAGCAAGUAACGGAGAAAUACGGUUAAUAUAAAAGUAACUGGCAGUGAAGGUUCUCGCCGAUCAAAAGACAAGCAAAGAACUUCGCGGCCACUGAUUACGAAAUCGUACACAAAGCGGCAAGGUGAUGCUGGAAGGUGAUUUCAAACUGGUUUCUGCAAAGAAAAGAUCAAACAAGUCUGCCCAGAGGAAAGAGUCUACAAUAACACGCAGUCAGUUGACUGGCAUUCCUGAUAUUAAUAAAGAAUCUGCAAUAAGAAGGAUAGAAUUAGCGAAAGAAGAAAUUCAGGAAUCAGAUUUCUAUACAGCAGUUCGAGUAGUGCUACUUCAGGGACUGAAAUUGCUGAACAGCUCUGAAAUUAAAGAAAUUAUUUGUUAUGGACUUGGACAUGUGGCAGAAUGCAUGACAUCCAGAUAUCAACUAGGCCUGCUACUUUUACUGAAAGACAAUUUUAAUUCUGAAGUGUACAUUCAUGAUCCUGUUUUCUAUUCUGCAGAGUGUGAGCUGCUCAGAGAUCUAAAUUUCCAGUUGAUUACAGAGAAUGAAGAAGGGAAGCGUAAACUGAAACCAUCUGUAACGACACUGGUUUAUUUGCCCCACUGCCCUAAACAGAUAACAAAUAAUUUCUUGUGGGCUAAUUGGGGUCCACAGCUUACAAACUGUCUCCUGUUUUGUAAUAGUUUCAAUAAAAUUGUAGAAACAAAUCCAAAGACAGUACUGUAUACAAGUGUAAGUUAUAUAUUAAAUAUAUUUCCACAUACUGAAGAGUUUGGGGUGAUAAAUUCAUUUCAGUACAAGGAAAUAUUUAAUGACUUGGCUAUACACGUGUUUCCUCAGAAGAAACUUGAUUUAGUGGCAUCCGAUCUUUGGAACUAUUGUGAAGAGCCGAAGUAUUCAGCUGAUGAUACAGAAUUCAUAACCAAUAAAUUACAGUCUGCUCUGAGGUUAAAUAGCUGACAAUUGGGCAAGAACUUUUAAUAUGGGAGGCCCAGGAUUAAGGAUUCUUCGCCAGCUUUUGUCAGAAUUGCGCCACAUGAGCUUUGAUGGUAAUUUACAAGAUUCCUUAUUGAAGAAAUACAUUUUGCAACAGUAUCGUA